AUGAAGCUCGAGUGGUUGGAAGCCACAGUGCUUGCGGCCGCUACGGUUGCCAGCGCAAAGGAACUAGCUUACUCUCCCCCAUUCUAUCCUUCUCCAUGGGCAACCGGUGAGGGCGACUGGGCCGAGGCCUACAGGAAAGCCGUAGACUUUGUUUCUGGGUUGACUCUGGCCGAGAAGGUCAACAUCACUACUGGUGCCGGAUGGCAGCAAGAGCGAUGUGUUGGUGAGACAGGUGGUGUGCCCAGACUUGGAAUGUGGGGAAUGUGCAUGCAAGAUUCUCCUCUUGGUAUUCGUGACGCCGACUACAACUCUGCUUUCCCCGCGGGUGUCAAUGUGGCGGCCACCUGGGACCGAAGACUCGCCUACCAGCGUGGACAGGCAAUGGGCGAGGAGCAUCGCGACAAGGGUGUCGAUGUUCAGCUCGGCCCAGUCGCUGGUCCCCUGGGCAAGAACCCCGAUGGCGGUCGUGUUUGGGAAGGAUUCGCCCCUGACCCAGUCUUGACUGGUGUCAUGAUAGCUGAGACUAUCAAGGGUAUUCAAGAUGCUGGUGUCAUUGCUUGCGCCAAGCACUUCAUCCUCAACGAGCAGGAGCACUUCCGCCAAGCUGGUGAGGCUCAGGGUUACGGAUACAACAUCUCCCAGAGCAUCAGCUCUAACAUCGACGACAAGACCAUGCACGAGCUGUACCUGUGGCCAUUCGUGGACUCUGUGCGAGCUGGUGUGGGCUCUGUCAUGUGUUCGUACAACCAGAUCAACAACAGCUACGGUUGCUCCAACAGCUAUACCCUCAACAAGCUGCUCAAGGGAGAGCUCGGCUUCCAGGGUUUCGUUAUGAGCGACUGGGGUGCGCACCACAGCGGUGUCGGUGAUGCUCUGGCCGGCCUCGAUAUGUCCAUGCCUGGUGACGUGAUUCUGGGUAGCCCUUACUCCUUCUGGGGCACCAACUUGACUGUCUCUGUUCUGAACAGCACUAUCCCGGAAUGGCGUCUUGAUGACAUGGCCGUCCGUAUCAUGGCCGCGUACUACAAAGUCGGCAGAGAUCGUCACCGGACACCUCCCAACUUCAGCUCCUGGACCCGCGAUGAGUAUGGCUAUGAGCACUUCAUCGUCCAGGAGAACCAGAUCAAGCUGAACGAUCGAGUCAAUGUUCAACGCGACCAUGCCAAUAUAAUCCGCAGGAUUGGUUCCGAUAGUAUCGUGCUGCUUAAGAACAAGGGCGGUCUUCCUUUGACUCACAGGGAACAACUGGUGGCUAUCCUCGGCGAGGAUGCUGGAUCCAAUCCCUACGGCGCCAACGGCUGCAGUGACCGAGGCUGUGACAAUGGAACCUUGGCUAUGGGCUGGGGCAGUGGAACGGCCAAUUUCCCCUACCUGAUCACUCCCGAGCAGGCUAUUCAGAACGAAGUCCUUAACUACGGCAACGGCGAUGCCAACGUUUUCGCGGUUACAGACAACGGCGCCCUCUCUCAGAUGGCUGCUGUUGCCUCCACCGCCAGUGUUGCCUUGGUGUUUGUGAACGCCGACUCUGGUGAGGGCUACAUCAGCGUCGACGGCAACGAGGGUGACCGCAAGAACAUGACUUUGUGGAAGAAUGGCGAGGAGCUGAUCAAGACCGCCUCCGCCAACUGCAACAACACCAUUGUGAUCAUGCACACCCCCAACGCAGUCCUGGUCGACUCAUGGUACGACAACGAGAACAUCACUGCCAUUCUUUGGGCUGGUAUGCCUGGCCAGGAGAGUGGUCGCAGCUUGGUCGACGUUCUCUACGGCCGUGUCAACCCUGGUGGCAAGACCCCCUUCACCUGGGGCAAGGAGCGCAAGGAGUGGGGACCUCCUAUCCUGACUGAGCCCAACAACGGUCACGGUGCUCCGCAGGAUGACUUCACCGAUGGUCUGAUUGAUUACCGCCGAUUCGACAAGGAUGGCACGGAGCCAAUCUUCGAGUUCGGCUUCGGUCUGAGUUACACCAAGUUCGAGUUCUCCGACAUUCAGGUCAAGACUCUGAACGCUGGCAAUUACACUGCUACAACAGGCCAGACCAAGCCCGCUCCCUCGCUGGGCAGGCCCGGCAAUGCUUCUGAAUACGUUUUCCCCAACGACAUCAAGCGUGUCCGCCAGUAUCUCUACCCUUACCUUAACUCAACCGAUCUGAAGGCAUCUGCCAAUGACCCCGACUAUGGUAUGAACGCCACGGAUUACAUCCCUCCUCAUGCCACCGACAGCUGCCCACAAGAGCUUCUCCCCGCCAGCGGUCCUUCAGGCGGCAACCCUGGCUUGUUCGAGGACCUCAUUGAGGUGACCGCCACAAUCACUAACACCGGCUCCGUCGCCGGUGAUGAGGUCCCCCAGCUUUACGUCUCUCUCGGCGGCGCCGACGACCCCGUCAAGGUUCUGCGUGCCUUCGACCGAGUCAGCAUUGCCCCUGGCCAGAAGCUCCUUUGGACCGCAACCCUGACUCGCCGUGACCUGUCCAACUGGGACGUUCCAUCUCAGAACUGGGUCAUUUCCGACGCCCAGAAGAAGGUGUACGUUGGCAACUCUUCGCGCAAGCUGCCUCUUUCGGCCGACUUGCCCAAGGUGCAGUAG